ACAGGGAGUUGGCGAAGCAGGACCAUUACGCACGUUGCCAUGACAUCACCAUAGGCUGGCUAUAAAGCGGCGAGGGCUAAUACAGAGAGUCAGAGCACUUGAGGAGCUUUGGAGUAAAAGACCGUCUCUUGCGCUUAACAGCUGAUUGACUGCUGCUACCGCCCCUCUUUUUGAACUUCAGCGCAGAGGAAGAACCGAACACUUGUCAAAAUGAACUUGUCCUACUUGGUCGCCUGUGGACUUAUGGUCACCCUGCUUUCAGUGCGAAUAGGAGCAAAGCCUUUAUCUCCGGCGCAGCAGAAGUCUCUCAGAAGUUUGUUGGGCGAGGAGCUGGCGGAGUUUUUGGAGUCGGAGGAGAGGGAGCGGCGACUAGAAGAUGUGCGCUCUCGGAUACGGUUACUUCGAGAUUUACGCAUGGACACCCGGGCCAGAGGGAUGUGGGCUCGCCUCCUUAACGACCAACCCGCCCCGAGGAAGCACAAAGCGGGAAACAAGAAGGGGGGUUCCACGUCACGGAGUGGCUGCUUCGGACACAAGAUGGACAGGAUAGGAACCAUCAGCGGCAUGGGUUGCUAGGCUUGGAGCGGCGCUGCGAUGAUAUCUGGACGAUGUGUUUGGUCAAGAGGAGGUUCACUUUUCUCUCGCUUGUGAGCGGGAAAAAGGGAAAACUCACCAAGUGGCAGAUUUUUGGUACGAAUUUCACUGCGACCAGCAUAAACAAAGACUGAGAUGACAUUGCUACAAAACCCUCAUAUAAGUAUAUAUAAAUAUAUAACAGAUAUGCAGGUAUAUAUACAUGUACGUAUCUAUACCGUACAGACACAGAUGCAUAUUACAAAAUGGCGGACAAUGGUGUAAAAACUACAAACUGCAAAGCUGUAUAUUGUUUGCUGCUGCUGUACAUUCAUGUACUUCAUCUUCCCCUGCAUAAAUGUAUUUAUGUUUAAAAACUAUUUAUAUGUUUAUAAAAGAGAUAUUUAUAAAUAUGAGUUUUAUUUAUGUAACAUUUUGAAAAUGGAUGAAAAAUGCAGGUCAAUUCUGUUUGUUACGUUUUUCUUUUGUCUCAUAUAAUUGUAAAUGUUUUCAGAAACGAUAAAGAGAACAUUCCAUGUGCACUUA